ACUAGCGUUCACGCCCGUGGCGCUAGGCGCUACGCCUUCGGAUUACGGUCUGUGACGUGUCUCGCUCUGAUUGGCUAGCUUGAGUUGUGUUAGUGGGCGCGGCUUAGCACGUGCUGCACAGUGUUACACACUGUUGAAUUGGUUCUACGAUUUACGAUCGAGCUGUGCCGAUCACUUGUUGAUUUCUGGUCUCCAGACUUUCAAUAUUAUAAAAAGUCAGCGAUUACGGUGCGACGUUUUGUGUUUCCGCAUAGCUCGCGAUCCAGGUCGUAUCGCUCACCCACAGGAUAGAUCCCGUUUCUGUCUCUGUCUCUGGAUCCAUUCUGGAUCUAGCAUUAGAUGGUAGCAGAGCCGACAGCGGUUCUCUGAAUUGAUUGAUUUGAUUUGAAUUGUGUCAGGCAAAGUUAGCCUGUUAUUUGACGUUAUCCGCGACCAGCAAGGCGCAGGUCUGUUUGACAGCAACGUGCACACCACAAGCGGUGAAAUUGUCUCAUCGGACGUGGAUUACCAGCUUUGGUUUUCGGUACAGUGUCUUCAGCGAAGACCUAUGCUGUUUCCUCAGCUGUGAAAGAGUUCAAGAGUUCAGUCGUCAGUGUUCCUCGGUGUAGAGUCUUCAGCGAAGACCUACACUGGUGUCACUGAUACUCGGCAAGGCUUCAGCGAAGCCUAAGCCGUGGGCCACAAGAGGCGAAGCGCCGAAAGGGGCGCACGGGAAAAGACAGAUCAGACUCCUCCAAACUGGUUGUAGAGCACUACUGUUGCUACGGCACAGCCGGCACAGUACUAGACUAAUAGCGCGAGGCACGCUACGGAACAGCGGCGACGCGGGAGCGGAGUUGGAAGAAGAAUCUGGAUCAUUCGGAUCAUUUUCCCUGUGGAACGUGGAACGGACGGACGGUUAACAGGAGCGUCAAAGUUAUCCGAUCAACAUGGACAAAGACAACGCGGAACCAACAUCUAACAGCAGCCAGGGAAGCAGGAGCUCCCGAGGAUCACAGCAAGGCGCAGUGGAUCCUUAUAAAAAAGAAUACAAGUCGCUCGCGCGUCCAGUCGGACAUGACAGACAGACCCGAGCAGCGGUGACCUUUGCAAGGAAGGACAGCAAAGGCAGUGAUAAUACAUACAAAGUGGCGCUGGGAGCUACAGAGAACGAAGAGAGCUCCAGCGGAGAUGGAAAGCAAACCCCCGCGCUCGUGGCGGGAAGUGAACCGAUGAACCAGACAAAGGUCACUGGGGAGGACAGAACCACAGAAAAGACAGCGGAAGCAGUGGUAGCAUCCCAAUUGGAUGCUACCAUCAGUGGAAUGAAUGAGCAGGAUAAAAAUGUGAACCUGGCUCAAAUGGAGGGAAACACAAAGGUCACCGAAGAGGAACUGGCUGAACUCGGAUUGGAUGACCUUUCACUGAACGAUAAGACUGCAAGCGAUGACCUUUGGGCGACUCCAAUGGUCUCAGACGAAUCGAAUGAAUCAUAUUUUACGGAUGACGAAACAACGAUGAAUAUGUCCUUCCAGUCUGCGAUGAGACAAGCCGACCGUGCUGAAGGGAUGACACCUUUUAAAGAAAUACCUGAACACCUCAUCGAGCGGACACAGACUGGAAAAGUCAUAAACGUACGACCACCUUCACCAAGUAGCCCUACGCUGACACUGAGGAGACGCGUCCAAGAUUUGGAAAGUGAACUUGACGCCAAGGAAGGACAGAUGGUUAAGAGAAAACAGGAAUACCAAGAGAGAUUGGUAUCACUUGAAACCCGAUUAUUCGAGAUGGAACAGCAACGGGGUUAUUUGGAAAACAUGGCAGAUGAAUGGAAGGUGAAAUAUGAAAAACAAAGAGAAAUGGCAGAAGAAUACUUGAAGAUGGUAGAUGACAGAGAAAUGGAAGGUCAUCUUGCGGUCAACGAGUUGAACGAGAGCAUGUCCGAGGAGUCAGCAGAAAGGUCACGGCACUUAGCCGAACUGAAGGACGAGUGUGACCAAUUGCGUCAAAAGGUCACCGAAGCUGAAGCUAGAAGAGACGAGUACGCGACCAAUUUCACAGAGGUCACGAAGCGAUUGACAGCGCUGGCGACAGAGACGUUCAAACUCAGAAACGACUUGAAGCUCAGAGACGAAGCUAUCGGUACUCUGCAGCGUGAAUCAAAAGGUCACCAGGAACGCGCCGACGAAGCUGAAAAGCUACGCAACGAGGCAAUUAAAGCAAUGCGCGAGGCGAGAAACAUCACAGCAACAGAAGGAGAAAGAUUGGCAAAAGAGAUUAAAGAGGCCAACGACGAAAACGAAAAGGUCACGGCAGAAAUUCAAAAGAUCACUAAGGAAGGCCUUAAGUGGCAAACUCAAGCACUCCGGCUCGACACAAUGGUUACAGCAUUAGAGCUGAAGGAUACAGAAUGGCAACAGCAGCUUGACCAAAAGAGUGAGGAAAUCGCGAGGUUGAAUACUGAACUCGUCGAGAUGACCACUACAGCACUAGCGAAGGACGACGAGUUGAUUACAACCAAAAAUCAGCUGAGAUCAGCCGCUGGGGAGUAUCAGAAACUCGAAGGAGAUGUGACCCAGUUGGUCGAACACAUCAAAAAGAUGGAACAAGAUAACGAAAAGGUCACCCAGCAGGAAACUUUCAAACUGCAUGCCCAUAUGCAGAAGGUCAAACAGGAAAACUCCGAUUUGCGGAUUGAGAGAGAGGAGCUUCAGCUAAGGAAUAAACGACUAGAAGAUGAGAAUAAAGCGCUCAACAUCUCAAACAAACACAAAGAUGAACAGCUGUUGCGAUACGAAGCCAAGUCAGCAACAGUGGAGUCUCCCCCGCCCAGUUACAGCAAGGCGCAGAUGUAG